AUGACGUCAGCCGGACAUAACAUCCUAAAUAUGGCCUUAUUUCACAUUUUUUUCCAAGUUCGAGACCCUAUCUGACCCUUAUCCCUACUUAGUUCAAUCAUUAACCAAAUUGACACAAAACCACUUGAGAAUAAAAAAUGCAUCCCAAAUCAGGGAUGAUAGAUUUAAAAACGAGUAAGAUCGAACGUAGUGAAAAGUGAAUAAACUAGAGAUGAUUAAACUCACUUAGAUCUGUUUCAAAGUGAUUAAGUUUUGUGGCUGUGUGCAUCCUUGAUGAUGGCCUGAUGGGAAUACCGGAGAUAAAAGGAUACGGGAAACCUUGUUGGAAGAUUGAAGAUCACUCGUUUUUUAGUAGCCCUAGUUUCUUUGCUUUUGUUAAAUCUUUUGUUAGCCGGGUGAAGCUUAGAUUAGGUCGGAUUGUUCUUGUUGGAGGGAUGUCUAAAAACUUCCGAUGCUUUCUUGUUCUUGAUACAGUGCUAGUGUACCGGGUGGCAAAUGUACCAAAACAUUCAACAAUUAGCCGCACAUAUAGCUGUCUAGUUAGAGAUCAAGUUCAGCUUAGCUCUUGUAUGAUAAACAAACAAAUAAUUUCCUAUAUCAAUAUGUUCUUCACCUCAAUUAGCUAUGCCACGGGCGAUAAUGGGGGUAGAGCUUCAAAACCCACUGCUCCAAAUCCGCUUAAAAGUUUCGUGUCCAAUCCGAACUUGAAUUCCACGAUGGACAAUUUGCUCAACCUUGAUGGGAAAAAUAUUUGUGCAUCCUGUCAAUGCGAGGAGGACGUAUGCAAGUGGCUGGACAUCAAACGAAGUAUGGCUUCCCUUUCUAUCUCGGGUAAAUGGAUGAAGAGCAAAGCUGUCCAGAUUUCUCUGAUAGGAAUCAGCCUAGUCAAUAUUUUAAUAAAGGGUAUAAGGGUGAAUAAGGGGUCUUGGGGGGUCAAAUAGCUAAUUAAUUGGUCUGUUGGUCCCUGCGUGGACUUUUAUUAUAAAUAGAAGUGGAAGGUAGCUAAAUAAGAUAGGCUGUUAUUGAAUUGGCAUUUAGGCUUGGAGAGUGGGCUUCUCGAACCGUCCCAAGGCUUUGUUUACGUUCGCACACUACAUCAUUUGGAAUACAAGAAAUACAAUGAAGUUCAAGCAUGCUCCUACAGUUAUACAGAAUGUUGCCAAUAUAAAUCUCAUUAUAUAGCAUCUAUCAUGUUAGUAUGAUCUCGUUUUAGACCUGUACCGUUGUAAACUUUGAUUUCCAUGAUUCAGGUAUUUGGGUCUGUUUUGGUAAAUAUGAGAGAAUGCCCUCACUUUGUUUGUACAUUUUGCUUGGUACAGCCAGUUGGACUGGUUGAGGAGUCUCUUUUAUUUGGAAACAGUAGGGCAAAUGCCAACUAACUGUUUGUAUGCUUCUCAAGUCUUUUGAGACCACAGGAGUAUGCCCGUGUUUCGUAUUCUAAGAAACCAUAGACUUGGCUUGAAUUCCAACCAUUUUCUUACUCAUCCAUAUCUCUAUCGUUGUUUGGUUGGCAGUUAAUUUAUCUUACCCCAAUUAAGGCCAAACUUGGUUAUUCUACUGUUUGUAUUUUAGCUCAAUUCCAUGCACUCUAAUGUCCACGACCAAAUCAUUGGGAUGCUGCAAUUGAGGUUCUACGUUAUCUAAAAUCCAACCCUUUUCUAAGUACUCCGGGUAUAUACACUAGCACAUUCAUGUCGAGGAAAAUGAGGCUGCACCAAAACGGAGUAUACACUAACUAACACAUCAAUUGUAUAAACAAAAGUAUCUUUAAAUAAUGAAAGUGAAUCAUUCCCAAAGGAUUGAUAUUAAAACUUAAAUAUCUGACCUGUUAAUUUUGUGCCGCAGCCAUUUAUAAAUCAAAGGCUGAAACAGGCUGUACCGAAGAGCCAAUACCCGAGGGGGGACCGAGUAAUUUAGAGCAUGCACAUGGUAAGAACUGAUAUCAAUAUAUGCCUUUGGCUGAGACAGGCAAACACA